AUGAACUUCAAAAAAUUUUUGAAUAACCUUUGUUAUAUGCGCUUCCUUUAUUACACGGUGGUGGUGUUGGUUAUACUUUUUACUUGCGUGCAAAGCGAUUGUUGGUAUUCAAAGAGUAACUCCAUUAUUCACGACAGUUUUAUGGAUGCAGACACGUGUCAAAAUCGCGGAUAUGGGUGGAAGUUAUAUUGGGAUGGAUUGUGUGACUGGGUACUUUUUACGGGUGAAUGUUGUGAGAAUUUGCACACGUAUUACGUCCUCGAAAAUUUAACGUUUGACCACAACCCCAAAGGUAUUGAGUAUGACGAGUCUUCAAAUAUACAAACUUUACGUCUCCGUCCGCCCUUUAAAGAUCAGCAGUGGAGUGUCAACACCAAGAAUAUUGUCAGUGGCAGUUUAGUAGUAUUAGAGAAGAACAGAGAAAGUGUAGAUCGAGAGAAGCACACUGUUUUCUCUAUAGGAUUAAAAAACUUUGGUGUUGUUGUUUUGAACAAUGAGUUGAUAGAACUGAAGUUUACUGAGUAUCAAAGACCAUUUGUACUUGUCGAAGGAAACAAUUCCCCUAUUAGAAUUACUGAAGAGCACAAAGAAACAGCCGAGUGUCGGUAUGUCUUUUCAGGAAAUGGUGUAUAUGUUGAUAACCAGGACGAUGGGUUUGUGAAGAACAUAUGUGAGAUAGAUGGACAGAAAAGGUAUGUGAAGUGUUUGUAUAGUUAUGCCCUUAUUCCCGAUUGUUCCUGUUAUAUUAACAGCUCGUCAAGUCAUGUCUCCUUUCAAGACUAUUUCAUGAAUUACCCCGACUGUCUUGUGAACAACACCAAAUUCAGUUUGACCAUCAGAGCAUUCCAAACGGAGUUCGUCUUCGACUCGUUUGGGAAGUACUACUGGAAAAGUUUACUAUUCGAAGACAGAAAUGCACCACUUGCUAUAUAUACAGACAAAGUCCUUACUUUCGAGAACGACGUCGUGUUGCCAUAUUCAGAAGUCUUUUUCUUUGGUGAAGUCGACUUCAAGCAGUCGCUUACUUUUCCAGAGAACCACAAGACCUUGUACAAAUUUGAAAAAUUGACUGCAACGAAUAUUCAAGUGAGAGGACUUCAAGGAUCACUACUUGUGUUUUUGAGCGAAGACGUCACAACAAGGAACUCCUUUAUUGUGUUACUUUGUGAUAAUAAGAAGAACUCAAGAUAUGGCGCAAUUGAGGUUGGAUCACCUAAUAUAGGAUGUAUCUGCAAUUUUAAGAAUAACGUUUUUGAUCAAAUUGAUUGUGAGACUUCAAGUCUUGAAGAGUCAAACAGACUCGAGUUGGUUAUAGCAUCACAUGAAGUUUACAACAAGACUCAAAAGCGAUUUUGGGAUGUUGUUGAAACAACAGAUGCUGUAAUAUCAACAGAGAUUAUUAUAAAGAGAUGUGUAUUUUCUGGAAAUGUUGUGAUGGUUGACAAUGAUGUUAUUUGUGACUCUUUAAACGCACAAGGAUCCAUCGAAAUAAGUGACUGUACUUUUACAAGUCAAAUAGUUAUUGCAAAUGGACUUACAAUUACUGGUAAUGCCAUAUUUGAUUCAGUUGAUGUGACAGACUCUUUGUCUCUAAAAUACAGUCAAACAACUAUUAAUGAAUUAACAAUGGAGGAGAACAGUGUGUUAUACGUGGAAGGUUCUGUGGUUAUAGUGACUCUCCACAACAAUGGAAAUAGCGAAAUUGUGGUAAGCAAAGACAUUGAAAUUGUGUAUUUACAGGCAUCUUUUCUUGUGAGUCUGACCGCAGAGAAUAUGCACGUGUACUCUGGUAAAAUUUUGUUUGACAAAUUAUCUGUGAAGUCACAAGUUGUUAUUCAAAACCAAAUAGAGUCAAUUUCAAUAAGACAGAUCACUGUAAUAGACGCUCUCUAUUACUUUGAUAUUCGACAAAGUAUCAUGACACUGACUGUCACUCGAAUUCCCGAGAUCAUUCAAAGUGGAAAUGAACAAGAGGGCAUCACACUCUUGAGCACCAAAAACAGGCAAACGGUAUUUGAAGACUCAAGUCAAGUGAAAUACAUGUGUGACAAUCAAAUUGUAGUGAUUGGCAAUGUGAAUCAGAGUAUAUGCAACGACUUGUUUCUAGCCAACAAAGUCUGUGUAUAUAAAGAGGGGAUUUAUAUGGAUGCUUAUUAUCAAAUAGAUUACUCGUGUCCAUGUAAGAGUGAUCCCACCAUAGAGCGUACAUUAAUUAUAGAAGAUCCAACGUAUACAUUCAGUUCAAAAGAGAGUUAUAAUUCGAUAAUCACCAAACAAAGUGUGAUAUUAUCAAUGAAGUCGCAAGAGGUAUCUAUACUGUUGUAUGGAGACAUUCAAUUAGUAGGGAACAAUAACACUGUUCUAGUCAACACGACAAAUCCACACAUUGAUAUUACAGUAAAAGGUGAUGCGCUUAUAUUCACCACAAAAAGUCGAGGCUUUGAUGUAGAAGGCAAUACAAUCAAACUUACAACAACAGGUGUCUGCUCCUAUGUGUUAGUUACAAACAGUGUUGCACAAUGUUUGUCGUGUCGGUUUGGAUCGAUAUUACAUCUCAAUGACAAAACAAAUUUGAUGUGUUUACCCGAGAGUGUGACCGAAUGCACAAGUUAUAAUUCAAAAGGAAAUUGUGAGGAGUGUUCGAGAGGAUUUUAUUUAAAAAAUGGUGUCUGUCUUAGAUGUCCGGAUCGGUGUCAAAAGUGUGAGUACAACACAAUUAUUAAUGACACUUCUUGUAUAUUAUGUGACUCUUCAUACUAUCUAUUCAACGAGACUUGUAUCAAAGAUGAUUUGUGCACAUUUAGUAUCGACAAAACAUGUUACUAUUGUGGGGGUUCUAAAUUUUACUCGACUGAAACAAAUACAUGUGAACCGUGCCUCCCAAAUUGCAUUCAAUGUGACAACAAUAUCACAUGUAAUAUAUGUGAUAUAUCAAAUGGAUUUUUUGGAACACAAUGUGAAAAGAGGAACGACAUUAUCAUCUUGACUAAUUCCAAUUACAUGUGUUUUCCUGGGUAUUACAGAACAGAAAGUGGCUGUUCAGAGUGUAGAGAAAGCUGUGACGAGUGUGUAAGUGGUGAUAACGAAACUGAAUAUGUAUGUGUAUCAUGUAAUACGUCAUUGGGAUACACAUUAGACCAAACUGGUCUAUGUUCGAACACAAGCAGUUGUUAUAUAGAAAAUUCGAAGUGUCAAAAAUGCAAGAACGAGUCUGAAUAUUAUGAUGGAUUUCAAUGCACUUCGUGUGGAGAGCACUGUAGUCUUUGUACACCAACUGGUCAGUGUUUGGCGUGUGAUCACAAUUAUUACUUUCACCGAACGACAAACACGCAGAAUAAACCAAUUUCAAUGUGUACAGAAACACCAGUGGCCAAUUGUGAAUAUUAUGAAGAUGGCCGUUGUGUGAGUUGCGACAACACAACAUACUAUACAGAUUUUGAGUGUGUUAAGUGUUUAUAUCCAUGCCUUCGAUGCGUCACUUCAUCUUCACUAUGUGUGCAAUGUAGUGAAGGUUUCAUGUUACAAAAUAACAAGUGCAUUUCAUCAAAAACAGAAAUCAAUUCGUGUAAGUACUUUACAACAACGGAGAGGGGUGGGUGUGUAGUGUGCAAAGAUUAUUAUUAUUUGGAUUAUAUCACUUGUUACCCAUGCCAACAGAAUUGUCGAGUCUGCCAAAAUUCGAAGUCGUGUGUCGAGUGUGGGAUUAAUUAUUUUAUCAAUGAGAGUGGGUUAUGUGAGAGUAUAUUUUCAUUGACAAAUUGUGUUUCUUAUUCAUUGUAUGGAUGUAAAGAGUGUGACACAAGUGCUUAUUUGGACUUUGGUCGGUGUGUUGACUGUGACAAUUUCAUGAAACACUGCACCAAGUGUCAUUGGGAAGACAAUGAGUGUUUUGGGUGUGAUGAUGGGUACAUACUGAUCAACUCAACGUGUUACAUAUACAAUGUUAUAGCACAUUGUGUGAACUCCAUCGACUCAAAAUGUUCUGAAUGCACGUUUUGGUAUGAACCCUCACUUGAUGGCCUUACAUGUGAAAUGAAGUCUCUGCGUCCUUUUGUAAUAACAUGUGUUGUACUUUUCACUGUAUUUGUGACUGUCCCAUGUGUAUUAAUAUCAACUGUUCUGAUCACAAAGAAAGUCCACCAAGUUGAUACAGGCGAGAGAGAGAUGUUACUUUCCCGCACUCGUAUCGACCGAAUAGGUGGCGAUUGGAUCUUUUUAAAUAUCAAAGGGCUUAUGGUUACUAAAAGUGAAAUUGUAUUUAAUGAGAUGCCUGUGGCAACGCCUUCGUACGACUCGUUUUACAUUGGGAAUAGCUCUCGAGACACCUCUCUUAUAGGUAUUGGGUUAUUUGGGAACAAGAAGUAUGAGACUUUGAUAAAGCCGGAUUACUUUGAAUUGAAGAAGAAUGGGUGCUGUGAAGUGAAAAUCAUGUUAAAGCCGUUGUGUACCACCAAUAUCCAUGAAAAGAUUCAAAUAGUGCAGUAUCAGAAGAACCAAUUAAUCAAAGGGUUUGACUCUAUUGAUCUCAUUGCAACGACACAGCUCUCUACUCAUUUGGACUCAGACGAAUUAAUACGAGAAAGUCUGGUUGGGGAAGGGACAUUUGGUAUUGUCUACAAAGGGAAGUACCGAGGCGCUGUUGUAGCAAUAAAGACUCUAAAGAAGAUAAAAAUACUUGAAAAUGUCUUAGACGACUUUUUGACUGAAAUUGAGAUGCUUGAAAAAAUACGAUGCGAGUAUAUAGUAAGUUACUUUGGUUCAGCUUGGAACAAGGCAGAGUGUUGUUUGGUCACUGAAUUUGCAGAGUUGGGAAGUCUGAGCACUUUGAUGGAAAACAAACAGAAAGUCUCUUUAAAAAUCCGAGAGAAGAUCAUGUUGGAUGCAGCACGAGGGAUAGAAUACUUGCAUAAUAAUGGCAUCUUACACAGAGACAUCAAACCAGACAACUUACUCAUAUUUUCUAUUGACUCUUCGAUCGCAGUGAAUGCCAAAUUAACUGAUUUUGGAUCGAGUCGAAGUGUUAAAUUGAUACUAACGAACGUGUCAUUCACCAGAGCAAUAGGUACUCCAGUGUAUAUGGCUCCUGAAAUUCUGCAGAAGAAGAAAUACAAAAUGCCUGCAGACAUCUUUUCAUUCAGUAUUAUGUUCUUCGAGACAAUGACAUGGGGGUUAGCAUAUCCAUAUGAGAUGAAAUCUUGGGAAAUUGCAAAUGCGGUUGUUGAAGGAAAACGGCCAGUGAAGUCUGAAGGGAUGAGUAAGAAGAUGUAUGAUUUCAUAUGUAGCAUGUGGUGCCAAAAAGCAAAGGAAAGACUUGGUUUGUUAUUUAACACCCAAUAUUCUAUAAGAUUUCGAAUUAUAGUUUAUAUACUAUUAAUGAAUUAUAUUUUUUGUAAUUAUACUUUAUAA